AUGGCGGCCAAGCGCGACGCGCUCGUCAUGUCGCAGUCUUCAAUGCCCGUCGCGACAUCUGAAAUGCUCAUCGAAGUGGUGCGCAACCACCCAGCCCUUUUCGAGAAGCGCCACGUGAAGCACAAGGACAACACUCUGGAGAAAAGCUUCGAGCGCCAAAAGUACCUCAGCGUGCAGGACCGCAUGGAGCUGGCGGCUAAACUCAACCUCACGGACACGCAGGUGAAGACUUGGUACCAGAACAGAAGGACAAAAUGGAAGAGGCAAGCUAUGGUCGGCAUCGAGCUGCUCCCGGGAAUGCACGGUGCCGUUUCCGCUGCUGGCCUAUGGCCCGCCAGUGCGGCCGGCCUCGGCUCUGGAUUUCCGGCAGCCUUCUGGCCUUACCCGUACGGCGGUUACUUCAACGCCGCCGCUGCCGCCGCAGCGGCCGCCGCGGCCAUGGGCCGAGGCUUCCCGGUGUCUUCGGUCAGCGGCGCAGCCGUCGGCGGGAACAUGGAGAGCCUUCAGCGAGCCCUGGACCUCUACCAGCAGAGAGGAGCACAAGCGUUCCUCGGGGCCGAAUCUCAGCUUCGGCCAGCCGUCGCCGCCAACAUCAGCAACAACAGCGGGUCCAUAGUGAUUGGCUCGUCCAAGGCCGACGCCGAGCUCCGCAACGAGCAGAAGCAGUGACACACGUUUUAGCAUUC